AUGUGGUUCUGGUUUACCUGGCUGUGGGGUGUUCUUUCCGCAGGUUUCAGCAUGAUCCUAGACGUCGCGCAGUUCUGGCGAGCCAAACUGGUCUCAUGGUGGACGUCCAAAUCCCCUCGAGACCGAUGCGUUCAUACGCUUGCGACGGCACAGACCUACGAGGUGUGGGAAGAUGCUGCGUGUGAGCUGGACGACGUGCUAGGCAAGGACUUCUGGCGUCAAAAUCCCGUCAGUCGACACUAUGACUACCGACUAAUCCUCGGACGGCUGGAGGCGCUGAUGGGCGCGCGGGAGACCGGCGACAUUGUAGCUCUGGCCAACCUACUUCGCUCCGGGUUGGUGCGCAACCUGGGCAACAUCACCACGACCAAAUUAUUCACGCAUGCCUAUGGAGGUACUAAGCUUUUAAUUGACGACUACAUCACGCAGGUCGCACUGUCUAUUCAGUAUGUGACGAUGUGGCGACCGGAGCAAGCGCAGGAGCCGGCCCAGGCGACUAUGUUCACCCCGCAGGCCAAGUUGGAGCUAUUGCACGAUACCCGACAGGCCUUUGGCCGCACGACUCUCCUUUUGCAGGGUGGCUCGGCUUUUGGCCUGUGUCAUUUGGGAGUUGUCAAGGCUUUGCAUCUCCAGGGACUUCUUCCGCGUAUCAUCACCGGUACAGCCACGGGGGCUAUGAUUGCAGCUCUUGUGGGGAUUCAUCCAGAAAACGAACUGCUUCCGUUGCUGGAUGGAGGUGGAAUUGAUCUUUCUGUCUUUGAUAGUCGUCGGAAAGACCACGCCGAUGGCCAAGAAAGCUGGUUUUGGAUCCUCCUCCGGCGCCUGAAGCGGUUCCUUCGAACGGGUCAUCUGUUUGAUAUGGAAUUGUUGGAAGAGUGUGUGCGUACCAACGUGGGUGACUUGACCUUUGAAGAGGCUUAUGCUCGGUCCAAGCGAAUUUUGAAUAUUACCGUUGCCACAGGAGGCAAGGAUGGCACGCCAAACCUGCUCAAUUAUCUGACUGCGCCGAAUGUGUUGAUCUGGUCUGCUGCGGCUGCAUCAAACGCUUCAUCCUCGUCGGCGCUCUCUGCCCCUGUCAUCAUCUACUGCAAAGAUGAGACCGGCUCGAUCGUGCCCUGGCCACAUACAGAGGACGCAGUCUUCCAUCCAUGGCGACACGUCCACUACAACGACGGAGAAUCACCACUUGCCCGAAUUGCAGAACUUUUCAACGUCAACCACUUCAUUGUCUCCCAAGCACGGCCCUAUCUAAUCCCAUUCCUCCGAUCCGAGCUCAAUCUUCUCGACCGCCGCCAAACCGGCUGGCACAACAUUUCCCGCUCAUUAAUGCGCGUCGUUCUCGUCGAGCUUCGCCAUCGACUCCGACAACUUGACUAUAUUGGCGUAUUGCCCGGUGCCGUCAGCCGAUUGUUAAUUGACGAAACAAUCCCAGGCCCGAACCUUACCCUCGUCCCCGAUCUCUCUUUGAAAGACGUCGGCAAACUCUUCCAACAACCAAUCCGGGAACGCGUGGCAGAAUGGACACUAAAAGGCGAACGAGGCGUCUGGCCUGCUGUCAGUGCUUUGAAAGUGCGUGAAGCCGUCGAAAUUGAACUUGACCGGGGGUACCAGCUCGUCCGGCGCCGCCGACCCAGCGACCCAAUUCCAGUCCGCCAUUCUCCCAACGAAGGGGUUCCACGUCAGAGACGAGGUAACAGCGAAGGCGAUGGUGAAAACGGGCACGCCGAAGGAGAGUAA